UUGUAUGUAAUUUCAUUUUAUAAACCUUUACAUUGAAAUAUGCAAUCUCUUCAAGUUUUUUCAGUAGUCCAGUAUGGAGAAUGCAAAACUGUUUAUACAACAGAAGUGUUUUUCAUGGCAGUUAAAAAGAAUAUGUUUGAAUAUCAGUAUGGCGAAGCUGAAUCAUUGGUGUACCGAGCUUCAUUGUUUGGCAUGCCUGACCUUCCUCAUUGGAUGAAUUACAGACAUGUAAACACAACAGAAACAGCAUACCUCUAUGGGGCUCCAGAUGAACCAGGAGAAGUUCAUAUUGAAAUUAUUGCAUUAAAUAAGGAUAACUAUGAAACGAGACAAACAGAGAUGAUAGUAAAUGUGGAACCAAGAAACAAAGAAGCAGUUUACGAAGUAGAAAUGAAGUUCUCCAACAUGAAUGUUGAAGAUAUGUUUCAGAACGAUCGGUUGAGGCAGAUAGAAGAAAUAUUUCGUGAUUACUUAUGGCCAGAGAGUGAGACUAUCUACAUUACCAUGGUAGCUUCAGCUGUUGAUGUUGGAGGAAGAUUACCUUUGGACCCCACCGAGAAAGAAGGGGUUGUUGUACGGAUUGGAGGAACAACUAAAUACUCACAGGAUAUACUAGACCUAGAAAGAGAAGUACAGCCCAUCAGAAAUAGAUAUCCAUGUCCAAGGGAUUACAAACGGACAUCAGCUGAGCAUUUCUUUCGUGCAAGAAACCUUAUUUCUGAUUGGUGUGGCUUCCAGUUGAUUCCAGAUGAAGAUACUGUGAUUGAGGAUAAAAAGCCAAGUCCAUCUUUCUCACCAAUCCUGUUAUCAAGUGAUGACUUCAUCCCUCACUUCCCUAACUAUCCUCGUCGGGACUUUUUGAUGGAUUUCAUAAUAACAAUUGUUGUUCCUGUGGUUGUGGUCAUCAUUCUUACAGUUGUCUUGAGCAGUAUCAUGUGUUGUCACCGUGAAAGCUUGGAAAGACGCAACUUGGAGACUUCAAGUGUGCAGAUGAAUCAGUACAACUCUAUUCAGCGAGCUAGCAGCCAGUUGAGGAAUCUAGCAGUGAAACGAGAAAGCCUUCCACGAACAGGUUCAACCCCUGCAUCAACUCUACCAAGAUCUCGUACUGGAAGUCCUUCAUCAACUCUCCCAAAGACAAGCACUCCACGGACAGGAAGCUGCACUGGAACCCUUAGAGGUGCUCCACCUCCACCUCCUUAUACUCCCCCUAGUGAAGAUUCAAAAAGAAGCACCCUGAUUAAAGAUGCUGAAUAAAGAACACUCGGCAGACUGAUUUUAAAUAAAUGUCAACAAAUCUGAAAUAAUCUUGCAUAUGAACACAAGCUACUGUGAAAUAUUACUGCUAGGCUAAGCCCUAAAAUAACAAAGUACUAAAUAUUUCCAAGUUAGAAUUCCUGAUACACUUUACAACAGGUAAAUAACAUAAUGAAGUACCGCCAAGGAUUUUUUUAUUAAUAGAUGUCAUGCUAGACAUAGUUUAUCUCAGAUUGACAACUGUUAUCAGCUAGUUGUAUUUUGUUAAGUCUGGUAUUAUUUAGAGAAUUACAUCUGAUAGAAUAACAAUUUUUAAAAAGAAAUAUUGUACUACAGAUCACUUUUAACAGAUAGCUUGUCUUAUGAGUAUCCUUAGAUAAUCUUAAGCUUGAAUGUUUCAAAUGUUGGUGUAUAUGUUGUCUGUCUCGUGGGAAAUUGUUGAUGACUAAACCAGCUUGUAUCUGGCAAGUGUUAUUACAAGUAGUUUCUGUUGUACUUGAUGUUUUUGCUGUUAAUAGGAAAUACAUAGUUCUUCAGCAGGAGUAAAGUUAUGUCUUAGUUUUAGUGAAUUAGCACUAACAGAGAGAGAAAAAAAAGAUACAAGUCUCAAACAGUGAAACUAAAAAAUUAUUAAAUGUAAUUUUUGGUUAGUUAAUGUUUAUGUUUCUUUUUCUGUGUUUGCAAGUUCUUAGAAUUUUAAAACUGAAAAUUUAAAGUGAUAUGUGAGCAUCUUGUAUGAAGUAGCUAUUUAAAUAAUAAGUUUAAGGUCAAAAUCACUAUUAUGCCAGUGUUUUGUACAUAGAUUAUUUAUUAUUUAUAUAAUUAUAAUUUUUUAUUAGACCAGUUUCCUGAAACAUUCGAGUUUUUGACAUGCAAACAAGUCCUAAAAUAUUUGAAGGAAAGUAGUUGUAAAAGUUUUUUGUGCCAAAGAUUAGUGACUAAAUGAAAAGAAAGUUAAUUUCUCAUCUCAGUAUAAAGAUUUGUUGUUCUUUGACAUGUACAUAGCUUAAAGUAUGCUUUUCGAUAUAUAGACCUAGCACAUAACUUAUCACUGAUAUUUGUUAAAAUUCUCACUAUAUCCAAGGGAUAAUUUGUGUUGAAUUGCACCAGAUCCCAAGUACAGUAUUUUUCUGUGUAAUAGGCAAGAAUUAUCCAGUUUGCAGAUGAAUCAUAUGAACAAAACAAAUAAUGGCUAGGUGAACAUUGUCAUGUAGCUACUAAUACUAACAGCAAAGCACAAAACCCUGAUCCACAAGCAGGUGGGAACAUGAAGCUACUGUAAGUCAAGGCCAGUUUAUAAAUAAUAUUGCUAUCCAUCUUCCUUAACUUUAAGGUUUGGGACUUUUUUGUACAAGAUAAGUUUAUGACUAAACAGCUUUAUUUAUCAGUUAAAGUUAGUUGUAAUUUCUAAAUAAACAUUUAAUGUACAUAUUUCUUCUGAAUAGACUUUAAUGUGUCUAUUGUAUGUUUCAUCUAAAAAAUGUAGUGGAUUUAUUUAUAUAAAUUUUUGACUAAGAGAUUUAAAUUACUAAUGAAUAUAAACAUAAAUGAAACAUUUAAAAGAAAAGCAUUGAUCUGCAUCAGUAGUUGGACAAAUGUUAUUUAUUUAUUGAAAUGAUAGAUUACUCUGUUUCUUUAUUCAGACUGGUUUCAGUUCACAUGUAAGAAGAGAGUUUUCCUGAUACAUUUUGUCCAUUCACUUUGAGCUGUAUUUGUUAUACUGAAUUGAUAUAAAUCAACAGUAAGCCUGCAUUACUCUUACAAAUGAAACUUUCUUCUAUUUGUCAAUAUGUGUACAUAGUUAUAUUGCUUUGUACCACUUAAACAUAAGAAAUAUUUCAUACAGUCUCUUUAUGUGUAUAAACGUUCAGAGACUCAUGGAAAAUUUCACCAAGAGCUUAAUUGCAUCAUAUAUUUUCACAUCAGUGCUGUUAGAUAUCUGCAUUUUAAGUGAAUGCCCUUCAGUUAAUUGGAUGUAUUAUACACACAAAUUAAUUAUAUUCAUGCUUCCAUAUCCUGAAUGACUGCAUAUUUCUAGAUGAAGAAAUGAGUGUUUAAGAUUAACAAUCCUCAAAAGCAACUAAAAAUCGUUUUUAAAUUACAUCUCUGUUUUGAAAACUUUUUAAAAGUGAAAACUAGUAUUUCUAUACAACAGAUGUCUCGUAUGGUAUCUAACUAUUAUUGCAUUAAGUGAACUUAACCCCUUCCAUGAUUUGCUGAAGAUAAGUGGCACCCACUAUGUUUCAAAAAUAUUUGCCUGGGUUAAUUAGGGCAAACCAUUUCUCACUGUAUUUUUAAUUAUUUGUUCAAAUUUAUGUUAUAAUGUAUUACAAAUAGUGCUCACUAGGUAGAAUUGAAAAUGCUGUUUUUGCUGUUCUCCGUCAGAUCUACUGACACUGAGGCUUUUUUUCAAACAUGAAAAUAAAACAGGUCUGAACAAAAAA